AGCCCGGACUGGAGCUGUUGACUUUUUGUUUGCGAAACAAAGUGUGCCUUGGAGCAAGGGGGCAGCUCUUAUUUACUCAGGAAUCCAGCUCGGCUCUUGCGAAGUACCUCUUGCAGAACCUGCCUACGAGACUUCUUUUCGAACGAGGAGACAGACUCGCCUUUCCGUCUCGCGUCCCUCGUUACCUGCUCUGUUACUCGCCGGACAGGGCCAGCCCGGGACAGGGUCGCACUUUCUCCAGAGACGAUGAGUGUUCAGUGCAGGAGGAUUUUGCUGCAGAAAGUUGUCUGCAGAAAGCGAACCGGCUGGGGCUCGAACGCAGGACUCAGGAAUGUCGCCCGACACAGCAAGGCGCUCGCUGAGGUGCGUUUCCUGGGCCCCUGGGCUGGGGGUGAGUCGCCAACGCGGCUCCCGAAAGCGCCCUCCUUCUCCACACUGGCAGCCGCUCCUGCAGGCGACUAUGAGACCGUUUUCAGGAUGUCGGUGGAGGAGCCUGAAAAGCUGUGGGCAGAGGCGGCUCAGGGCAUCGAGUGGCACAAACCCUGGGCAAAAACCAUGGAGAGGAGGGACCCCUUUAGCACCUCCUGGUUUGUUGGAGGAGAGCUGAAUAUUUGUUAUAAUGCUGUAGAUCGCCAUGUUUUGAAAGGACAAGGAGACCAGAUUGCUAUCAUCUAUGACAGCCCUGUAACAAAUACUAAAGAGGUUAUAACUUACAAAGAAGUUCUUGAACAGGUGUCCAAACUAGCUGGAGUCAUGGUGAGCCAUGGUGUGAAGAAAGGAGAUACUGUUGUCAUCUACAUGCCCAUGAUUCCACAGACUAUUUACACUAUGUUAGCAUGUGCAAGAAUUGGAGCUAUACAUAGCCUCAUUUUUGGUGGAUUUGCUUCAAAAGAGCUCUCUACUCGCAUUGAUCAUGCCAAGCCCAAACUAAUUGUAACAUCAACUUUUGGAAUAGAACCAGGACGGAAAGUGGAAUAUGUACCACUUUUAGAAAAAGCAUUGCAAAUGAUAAAACACCAGCCUGAGAGAAUUCUGAUUUACAGUCGUCCUAACAUGGGAACUGUCCCUCUUACUCAAGGACGUGACAUAGACUGGCAAGAAGAAAUGGCAAAAACAAAGCCAUGUGACUGCAUCCCUGUUCUUUCAGACCACCCACUUUAUAUUCUUUAUACAUCAGGAACAACAGGUACACCAAAGGGUGUUGUUAGACCAACAGGUGGCUAUGCAGUUAUGUUAAAUUGGACCAUGUCAGCUAUAUAUGGACUUCAACCAAAAGAGGUUUGGUGGGCAGCUUCCGAUUUAGGCUGGGUAGUUGGCCAUUCGUACAUUUGUUAUGGACCUCUCCUUCAUGGAAAUACAACCAUUUUAUAUGAGGGGAAGCCUGUGGGAACUCCAGAUGCUGGUGCUUUUUUCCGUGUGCUGGCCGAGCACGGAGUGGCUGCCCUUUUUACCGCACCGACUGCGAUUAGAGCAAUCCGUCAGCAGGACCCUGAGGCUACCUUGGGGAAGCAGUACAGUCUGGCAAGGUUCCGAACAUUGUUUGUAGCUGGCGAGCGAUGUGAUGUGGAUACAUUAGAAUGGUGCAAAAAAAUCUUUAAAGUGCCAGUCUUGGAUCACUGGUGGCAAACAGGUUCGCCUAUAACUGCCUCCUGCAUUGGCUUGGGAAACUCUGUCACACCUCCACCAGGACAGACAGGAAGAUUGGUACCAGGAUACAAUGUGAUGAUUCUGGAUGAUAAUGAGCAACUAGUAAAAGCAAAUACUUUAGGAAAUAUUGUGGUGAAGUUGCCCUUGGCUCCUGGAGCCUUUUUGGGUCUUUGGAGAAAUGAGGCCCUGUAUAAGGAGUUAUAUUUCCAAAAAUUUCCAGGAUACUAUGAUACUAUGGAUGCAGGUUACAUGGAUGAAGAUGGUUAUUUGUACGUCAUGUCACGGGUGGAUGAUGUGAUCAAUAUUGCAGGUCAUAGAAUUUCAGCAGGUGCAAUUGAGGAGGCUAUUCUCUCUCAUAACGCUGUGGCAGACUGUGCAGUUGUUGGCCAUGAGGAUUCCUUAAAGGGCCAUGUCCCAUUAGCAUUAUGUGUUCUAAGAAAUGAUGUGAAUACAGAAGAGGAAAAGCUUAAGGAAGAAAUUAUUCAGAGGGUUAGAGAAGAUAUUGGCCCAGUGGCAGCAUUCCGUAAGGCAUUAUUUGUGAAACAGAUCCCAAAGACGCGUUCUGGCAAGAUCCCACGGUCGGCUCUUUCUUCCCUUGUGAACGGCAAGCCGUACCAGAUAAGUCCAACCAUUGAAGACCCUGCUGCAUUUAAACAUGUAGAAGAUGUGCUGAAGAUGAAGUUAAAGUGACUGUUUAAUGCUACUAAGAUCUGGACAGUACCUGGAAUACUCAGUUAUGCUUGGAACGAAAUCUAAUAAUUUAGGACUAAUUUUAUUUCUGUACAAGUGUUGCUGAGUGGCAAUCAAAUAAGCAAUAAUACUAGAUUGGUGAUGUAAUUUUAUUGAUGACUGUGCCGUGGCUUGGGGGUUCACAUAGCUAUUAAAAAUAAUUGCAAAGGCAUUAUGAAGUGUUUGAAAUGUACAUGUUGGUCUUAAUUGGAGACUAAGUAUAAUAAAAGGUGUGAAUGAAAUGCGAACCAAAAUAAAAAUUGGAGGUCUAUUCUAACUACAUGAUCUAAUUUGUGGUAGUAGAAAAACAAAAAUGGGAUGCACCUAUAACCAUUCUUAUAAGGAAAUCAGAAUUAAGUUUUUUAAAAAAUAAGCAUGUAUAUAGGAUCUCAAAACACUUUAUAUAAGC